UGUCCAAGAAGCAAACACAAUCUGCAAAACCUUGACUGCUGCUGCUUCUGUCUCCUCUCACUCACUGUGACACACACAUACAUCAUCGCGUCAGUCGCUGCUCUGCAACGGGAGAGUAAAUGUCUGCAGGAGAGGACUAAUCCUGUCUGACUGAAGGCUGAGCUUUGUCCAACAUCUAUAAAAACAGCAGCUGAGAGGAGGAAGGAUGGAGGGAGAAGUCGUUGCUAUAGAUUCAGGCAACCCGUUGCUCAGAGCAGUUUUCCUCCGUCGGCUGAGGCUCACCAGGCUGCUCCUGGAAGGAGGAGCUUACAUCAACGAGAGUGACGGCCAAGGCCAGACGCCACUGAUGGUGGCCUGCAGGACCAAACACGUGGACUCUCAGAGCGCCAGUCGAGUCAAGCUGAUCCAGUUUCUUCUGGAGAAAGGAGCAGAUCCCAACAUUCAGGACAAGGAAGGAUGCACUGCACUGAUGCACGCCUGCAGGGAGCAGGCUGGUGCUGAGGUGGUGUCUCUGCUUGUGGACAACGGAGCGGACAUCAGCUUGGAGGACCAGUCCGGGACUUCGGCUUUGGUAUAUGCGGUCAUGGCUGGAGACUGGAAGGUGCUGAAGCUGUUACUUGACACAUGCAAGGCCAAAGGGAAGGAGGUGAUCAUAAUAACCACUGACCAGUUCCCAGGAGGAAAACUGCAAGCCAAGCAGUACCUCAGCAUUCCUCCCAUUCAUCCCACUGAUCAGGUGGACAAAAUUACCCCUGCAGCUCCUGCAUCUCCUUCUGAAAUUCAGCUCAUCACCUCCCCCCAGUGCACCUCCUCCUUGUGCCCCCCCAAGCCUGUCUUUUCUUUUAAAGGACAGAUCUGUGGCGUGAGCUCCCACCCGUGUUCCCCAUCCCGGUUUAGAGGGCUUGGACAAGCGGCCAACGGACAACAGCAGCCUCUGCUGCGGCUGAACUCUGAGCCUUGGUUAAAGAUCCCUGCGUCUCUGCUCACCCAGCAGCCUCAUGGAGCCCAGAACCAGACUGAGGAGCUCUCCUUCAGGGUCCCCAAUCUGGAUCGGGACAGCAACACAAACUCUGACAGCUUCGGAUCUUAUGAGUGGAAUAAAGGUACAGAGGUAGAUGGAAAAAAUGAUUGUGCCAAGCAUGCAGAACAAAAGACAGCCCCACUAGGUCUGCUGUCAUCCCACUCUGCCUCCCACCCCAAUCUGCACUCUGAGGUGACUGCUGCAGACUCAGUCUCGUCCUCCUCAACUCUUUCUAGUGGCAGAAACCUUUGCACACCCCUGCAGAGCAUGGCCUUGUCAAGCCUUCACAGUGUGAUCCAGAGGCGAAAGCUGGGCGAGGACAUCUACAGCUCUGACCCCCAGCUGGCUGUAGACAUUAAGAGUCUCCCUGAGGAGCAGAGAGCCAGAGACCCAGCAGACGGCAAGAGGUUUGCACCGCUGCGCUGCUCCAGCAUGUUGGGCUCCAAGGAGUCUUUAACAGGCCAGAACAAAAGAGUCCUGCCCGGAUAUGAACGCAGAGGCUCUGGUACCUUCUUUUUGGACCGGAACCUUCAGGCCAGACCGAGAUCUUUGCCACCUCUAACCAACACCCCCAUUCUCAGUGUUUUUAAUCAUAGCUUCAGCACAGGAAAUAGCUUCUCUGAGAAAGAGCCCAGCCAAAAGAGCUUCCUCCCCUCUGCUCCACCAGGACACCCCAAAGAGCUGACCAGAAGGAUGCUGCUGAGGAGACACUCCAUACAGACCGAACAGUUCAAAAGCACAGCCUGA